AUGGCUCCGACUUCCGAAUGUACGUUCCACAUCUACCCGAAAGAGAUCACUAAUCCACCAGUCUGGCGGACACUCUCCGUGCCAUCAGACUGCUCUUUUAGGAAGCUUCAUCGCGCUCUCCAAAUUGCUUUCAAUUGGGCGACCACCCACAGCUAUGAGUUCCACGUCCACGAUCCAUCCUUCGAUCCGAAUGCUGAAGAGGCACAAAAUAGCAUGGCAGAAAUCCAACGCAUGAUCAUGAAGCAAGCCCUGCCCGAUUCGAAUGCCCCACGAGAGUACCUGCUCAGAGUCAAUGAUGAUCAGGAGUGGUCCAGCACCAACCGACAACCGGUUGACUGCAUGCAUCAAGGGAUGUGGGCUCACCCGAGGACUCCGCUGAAGGGUGCGAGUAAGACGAGACUGUUUGAGGUAUUGGAGAAGCCGGAGUACAAGGGAAAGAAGAUGACCUAUCUUUAUGAUUAUGGAGAUUGCUGGGAGCAUGACAUUGAGGUACUGGGCACUGCACCAGUCGCAGGGAAGAUUCGAUGUUUAGAUGGAGAAGGGCACUACGUUGCUGAGGACGCAGGCUGUUUCAAAGGAUGGAAUAAGGUGUUGGAGGCGUAUAGGACAGCGUCACCAGACAAGGAGCAGAAGCAGAACAGAUUAUGGUUUGAGAAGCAGGCCAGUAACCGAGAUCCUGCUGGACUCUCAGGAGACAAAGCGAAGAGGUGGGACAAAGAUGCGAUCAACAUGAAGUUGAGCGUGUUGGCAUAGGAGCUCGAAUCAUCCCUCUGGAGCAAGACCUGGCGCACUACACCUGCGUCGCGUACGGUGGUAUAGAAAAGCGCAAAUGGACUACCCUGGUACAGCGACGCAUUGAUAGACGUGAAGGAGCUCAAUAAUGAAAGCAUGAGUGUAGAACCCAUGCACGUCUUUUAUUCUGCAGCGUCGGCCUCGAUCGGUGCCUGAGGUGUUACAUACAAUACUGGUCGCUUCACUUACGGACGUCCGCACAUGAAAAGGCUUGGCAUUGGGAUCUUGCGUGUUUGUCCUGCACCACAACAUCCAAACUCCAAACCCAAACACAACGACAUCUUCUGUAUGCGCAUCCGCGCGAACUAAUCACUAGUACGACAAGAUUCCACCUGAAACACGAGACGAUUUUUCGCUGACAGUUUCGCAAGUGAUAUGACUCGCUAUAUCACCUGCUGCUGCUGCUGCUGCUUACUAUGUACAUGUACUCAUCCGCCUGCUCGACUAUGCUUAAUAUCUUAAUGAAAUCAAG